GUGUAUACGUGCAACAGCAGACAACAGUGUGUUGUUGCUGUAGACGCGCAGUAUUGAUGUUUGGGUCACGUGAGGAUCAAAGGCUGGAAGACUAAAACGAUCGAUCCAUUGAUCUCGUCGCUGCGUGCCGUCAUUUGUUUUGAUCAGAUGUUUGGUGCUCGAGUAGGAUGGGCUUUCACACCUGGCGCGGUUUAAAUUAAGCGACUUCGGAGCUAGUAUUGUUGUUUUGGCUUUUUUUUUUUAUUAUAACGCGAUAUAAAAUUAGUAAAACUAAAAACGGGACGACCGCGGACUUUUUUCAUAUUUUUCCCUGAUGUCAGACUGCAGCUCGUCGGGUUCAGAUGAGGAUUUGGACCCUGAGAUAGAGCUGCUGGACGAGCUCGGCGGCAAACUCAGUAAGUGGACAAACUACAUUCAUGGAUGGCAGGACCGCUGGAUUGUGCUGAAGGGCAAUAUUCUGAGUUACUACAGGUCAGCGGAUGAGAAGGAGUACGGCUGUAGAGGGUCCAUCUGUCUCAGCAAGGCUGUCAUCACGCCUCAUGAGUUUGAUGAAUGCCGUUUUGACAUCAGUGUGAACGACAGCAUCUGGUACCUGAGGGCUGAAUAUCCUUUGCACCGGCAGCAGUGGAUCGAUACCAUUGAACUUCACAAGGCUGAGUCAGGCUACGGGUCAGAGAACAGUUUACUUCGCCAUGGCUCUCAACUGUCCCUCACCUCUGCCGCCAGCAUCCUCUCCACCACCUCUGCAUCCUCCUGCAAGAAGGGAUACAGCCUGCGGGAAAAGCUAGCGGAGAUGGAGACUUUCCGGGACAUUCUUUGCAGACAGGUGGACACAUUGCAGAAGUAUUUUGACAACUGUGCAGAUGCUGACAGUAAAGAUGAACUCCGCAGGGACAAAGUAUCUGAGGAUGAGGAAGACUUUCCAACCUUAAGGCCAUAUGGAGAUUAUCUGCUCAACAACAAUAGCAGCAAAGAGAAAUUAUUUCCUGUGGACAGCCUCAAAGGUCCGUUCAUCGAUUUCAAGGGUGAAGCCAUCACGUUUAAAGCUACUACAGCAGGAAUCCUGUCCACACUGUCCCACUGCAUUGACAUUUUGGUCAAAGGAGAGGAGAGCUGGCAAAGACGACUUGAUAAGAACAUUGAAAGGAGAAGACGGGCUGAAGAUUCCUGCAAAGCUGCACUGACAGAGCUGAAGAAGAAGCCUCAUUAUGGAGGACCAGACUAUGAAGAAGGACCAAACAGUCUGAUCAAUGAAGAGGAGUUCUUUGAUGCUGUGGAAGCUGCGUUGGAUAAACAUGACCAGAUCGAAGAGCAAAAAUGUUACUGUCCUGUUUUGCAGUCCCAGGCAGAAAGGAACGGGGCAUCUCGCCGGAUCUCCCUCCCUCCAGACACCUAUUUCUCCAUCAGCACUCAGAAAUACUUGACUAAGCCUCACAGUCAAACUUCCUCCUCCUGCUCCGUUGACCUCGUAAGUGCCUCCGAUGACGUGCACAGGUUCAGUGCUCAGGUUGAGGAGAUGGUCAAGAGCCACAUGAAUUACUCUUUGCAGGAUGUGGGUGGAGAUGCUAACUGGCAGCUGGUUGUUGAAGAAGGGGAAAUGAAGGUGUACAGGAGAGAAGUGGAGGAGAACGGCAUCGUUCUGGAUCCUCUCAAAGCUACUCAUGCUGUCAGAGGGGUCACAGGUCACGAGGUCUGCCACUACUUUUGGGACACAGCUUUUCGGAACGACUGGGAAACAACUGUUGAAAGCUUUCAAGUGGUUGAGACACUCUCAGAUAAAGCGGUCCUCAUUCAUCAGACACAUAAGAGGGUGUGGCCUGCUUCCCAGAGAGAUGUGCUUUAUGUAUCGGUUAUGCAAAAAAUUCUCUCCACUAAUGAGAAUGAUCCAGACACCUGGCUGGUGUGCAACUUCUCAGUGGAUCAUGACGGCUAUCCACCUUCUGCCAGAUGCAUUCGUGCCAAAAUUAAUGUAGCCAUGAUCUGUCAAACACUAAUCAGCCCACCAGAGGGAGACGAAAAGCUCACCAGAGACAACUUCCUCUGUAAAAUCACAUAUGUAGCCAAUGUAAAUCCUGGUGGUUGGGUCCCUGCAUCAGUCCUGCGAGCUGUAGCCAAGAGAGAAUACCCCAAAUUCCUGAAACGCUUCACUUCGUAUGUUCAAGAGAAGACCAGUGAUGAGGUUAUUCUCUUCUGAACAACACCAGCUUGUUUAAUCUACAUUCCCAGUUUGCUUUGUCUCAAAUGAAGAAAUGCUUUAUUCACAUUGCUCUACCAUCAGAGAGCGCUGCUCUGCCCAAGUGCUCUUGACACUCUUCAGAAACCUUUUCAACUUGUAUCCAUACAGACCAAACAACAGUGAAACACCAAAAAUGGUACGAAGUCUGUAAAAGCACCCUUGAAGAGUGCAAACACACUAGAAUAACCAGCACAGCCUGUUCAUCUUCAGAAGGCCUUACUUGUGUUUCCGCAAAUGAGCUGCAGCUCUGGUUUUAUUAAAGUAAUUUACAUUUUUGUAAAUAUUUGACCAGAGUUUGAGGUCUGACUGUGGUCUUGAUGAGAGAUACAGUAUAGAUGCAUCUUCUCAGCUGUACGUGAGCUUUCUCACUUGCCAUUUGUUUUAGGAAGACCCUUUUCUAGCCCUGAUGAUCAAGAUGUCAUCAGGAACUUCAGUCUUAAGAUCUUUUGUACAGUUUGUAUCUAAAAUGUUUAAGAUUAUUUACAUAUGAAGGCAUUUUGAUUAUUGUGAUAUAUAGUGUUGCUUUAGGCAAAGUGAAUAUUUAUUGGGAAGUGCUUGUAUAAGACAAUAUUCAAAGCAGAGAGGGUAUUUAGGUAGAUGUGAAAAGUUGGCAAUGACUAUUAUUGAACCGCAAUUGCCUCUGUCUUGUUUUUCUUUUCUUGUCAUUUUUUUUUUCUUGUUUUAAAUUUGUUUCAAUUUAUUUGUGACUUCUUAAAGUAUUGGUUCAUCAUUACCUGUUGGGAUUCCAUCUAUA